CUCGGCCUUGCUGAUAGGCCGGCCUACGUGUCAAACGUCGCAGAGUCCAUCCCUUCCGUUAUCGGAAUCUGGAAGACACAAGGAGCUAGUCUUUGACAACAGUUAAAAAGUUCAUGUUGGACUUUUUAAAGGCAUCAAACGGACAUAUGAAGGAGUGCAAGCUGAGCAUGGAGACCCUGAGCAGGGCGGAGCUGCUGAGCCUGCUGUGUGUGCUGGAGGGAGAGCUGCAGGCCCGGGACCAGGCCCUGCAGGCCCUCAGGGCCCAGCGUAGAGACCUGUACAUCCAGGAGCGUUAUGGGAAGUAUUCCCUGAGCGACCCCUUCCUGGCCCUGCAGAGAGAUGGGGAGGCUGUGGGGGGCCAGGCACCGGGGGGGCCGGGGGCUGUGGCCACCACCAGCCCCCUGGUGGUCCUCAGGUUGGUGGUGGGCCACUGCAGGACGAUGCAGGAGAAGAUGCUGGUACAGCUGGCUGCAGCAGAGACUCGACACCGCAGGGUCAUCGCAGACCUGGAGGAGGAGAGGCGCAGGCAUGCAGAGGACACAGCGGAGGGAGACGAUGUCACCUACAUCCUGGAGAAGGAGAGAGAGCGUCUGCUGCAGCAGCUGGAGUUCGAGCGCGGCCAGGUGCGUCGGCAGGAGAAGCAGCAGCGCAGGCAGCAGGAGGAGGAAAGGAGCCGGCAGCAGCUGUCCCGCGCCCUGGCCUCCCGGCUGGAGCAGGAGCAGCAGGAGGCGCAGGGCCUCCGGGCCCGGCUGGAGGAGGAGCGGAGGAGGGCCCUGAGGAUGGAGGCGCAGCUGGAGGAGCAGCUGGCUGAGUUCGACACGGAGAGGGAGCAGCUGAGAGCCCGUCUGAGGAAGGAGGAGGCACAGGGAGGGCGUCUUCAGGAACAGCUGGAGGAGAUGAGGAGGGAGCUGGGGGCCGGGGGGAGGAGGAGGGGGGAGGAGGAUGGGGAGGGAAGGAGCGAGCAGGAGGAGGGGGAGGGGAGGGGGCAGGAGGAGGGGAUGGGGCAGGAGGGGGGGAGGGGGCAGGAGGGGGGCCGGGGCAGGCAGAGGAAGGUUCUGUCCAGGCAGGGCCAGAUCUGGGAGCCGCCUGUCUCUCCUCCUCUGAGAGUGAACGGCCCCCACAGCCUCCACAGCCCCCAGGGUGUCCAGAUCCUGGAGGCUGAGAGGCUGGCUCAGGACCAGAACAACGACCAUAACACACAGCUACCCCCCGGGCCUGCCCCUGCCUCCCCCACAGCCUCUAACCCAGCCUCCACCCCUGUCCUGGCUCCCCUUUCUAUCUCCACCCCUAGCGCUACCUCCACUCCUGCCACUGCCUCCCCCACAGCCUCCACCCCUCCCCCAGCCUCCACACCAGCCUCCACCCCUGCCCCAGCAUCUACACCUUCCUCUGCCCAGCUCUCCCAGAGCAGCACAGUCCCCUCUCUCACUUCCUGCCCCAACCCCAGCGUCAGCCCUAACCCCAGCCUCAACCCUAACCCAAGCCUCAGCCCUCACCACAGCUCCAGCCCAAACACUAGCCCCAACCCCAGCCUCAGCCCUAACCCCAGCCUCAGCCCUCACCACAGCUCCAGCCCAAACACUAGCCCCAGCCUCAGCCCUAACCCCACCCUCAGCCCUAACCCCAGCCUCAGUUCUAACCCCAGCCCCAGCUACCAGUCGUCCUACCAGGCAGGCAUCCACCAGCGCUUCCACGCUGCUCGCCACAAGUUCGAGGGCCAGGCUGACCCAGAGUCCCCUGUCCCCCAGGGCGCCCUGCCCCCUGGGGACGCGCCUCCGUCCCCCGGGCCCCCUCCGGAGGCCAGCCCCAUCAGGCAGCUAGCCCGCAGCACCGUCACCCAGGUCCUGUCCCGCUUCACCACCCAGCAGGGGGCCUCCAAACCCGCCCCCUCCAACAGCUCUCCCUUCGGCACCGACUAUCGCCACCUGGCCCCCUCCUCCCCCGUCACCGCGAGGGCCUCGGGGGCCUCCCCUCUGGGGCUCCGCUCCCCCAUCAUCCCCCGCGCCGACCGGGGGAUCCCUCCCCCCAUCCCCCCCAAGAAGCCCGGCCUGGCUCAGUCCCCGGCCUCCCCCGGCCCCAGCCCCAGGACCGGACACAUGACGGAGCGGUCAGCCAGCUGUGCUCUCACCUCCAGCCAGGACGGGGUCAAGGAGCUGGACAGGGUGGUGUCGUCCACCAGCUAGCCAGCUCAGGGCCGCUCCCAACACGUGUCAACUGUUGGUAUCAGAGAUGAUUUGGAGAUUGGAAACUCUUGAGAUGAGGAGUUUUUUUUUAAAACACUGUAUACAGUAUCUCUGUGGCUAGGCCCGGACCUCACCAGCAUUGCUGUUGGUUGCUCCUCGAUGGUUGGAGGGGACGUGAGUGUGGUCGAUCAGACUGGACUUUUCUAGCUAGCCCUGGCUGGUUCUAUCUAGUUCUGGCUUGUUCUGGCUUGUUCUGGUCUGAUGUAGCCUGGCCUGGCUGUGUUGCUGCCCUGUUUAGUAUGGGCUUUCCUUCCUACUUUCAAGUACUCUGAAGUACUUGAAUACUCCAAGGUACUUGAAGUACUUCUGGGUACUUGAAGUACUUCUGAAUACUCCAAAGUACUCUAAAGUACUCCUGAAUGCUCAGAGGUACUCCUGAACACUGUCAUGCAUUAUCAUUUAUUUAUUUACAUUGUCUAAUUGAUUUAACCAUAGCACUGUAUAUCAUGGGGGUUCUGCAUCUGCUUGUGUUUAUUUGGUUACUGAUCUGGUAUUUACAAAAGUAAUAACUAUGAUUAAGGCAGGGGGACUCACUGAGGGUGGAUCAUGCGUUGAAAGAUCAACAGAUCAACAUGGAUGUAUGGACUUAAUGAGGGGUUACACUCAAAUGUGCCAACUUGCUGAUUAAACGUGACUGUUGAGCGUGUUGUGAAAAAGGUGCUAAUGAUGCUUUUCGUCCAAGGUUUUUGUUCGUCCAACGUCCGAGUUUUAUGUUUUGAUAUCGAAGACAACGAGGACAGGAACUAUUUUCAAACUCCAUGCACAUUGAUUUCACAUUCCAAAUAUCUCUGGGAUUAUUUAUAGUUAUAAUAUUAAUAAUGCUAUUGUUUAGAUUUGGAUGAUUAUGAUUGAUUAUGGAUGAUUAUACCGUAUGUUCAGUAUAUUAUGUCCUCAUAGCUGUCGUUUAGAAACAUGUACAGUGUAUUGUAUUAUACACAUGAGAAAACAUGCCAGUAGGACUAUACAUAUUUUAUCACCCAAAUAGUAUACUGCUCAGACUGCACAAAGUUAUACAUACUAUAUUUUGUAUGUAUGUAUUGCUUAGCAUCAGAGUAUAAAAAUCCUCUAAAUCCUGCUUGUAUGCGAAGGCAGAAGACCGGCUGUUCCUCCUGUCAGAUAGGUACGGGGGCGGGGUGUAUAUAGGACACAGGAAGUGACAGACAGAAAGUGGAGGCGGGGUGUGUAUAGGACACAGGAAGUGACAAACAGGAAGCAGAGGCGGGAUGUGUAUAGGACACAGGAAGUGAGAGGCAGUAAGCAGAUGCUGGGUGUGGAUAGGAUACAGGAAGUGACACAGGACGCAGAGGCGGGGUGUGUAUAGGACACAGGAAGUGACAGACAGGAAGCAGAGGCGGUGUGUGUGUAGGACACAGGAAGUGAGAGACAGGAAGCGGAUGCUGGGUGUUUGUGUAUAGGACACAGGAAGUGACAGACAGGACCUGCUUGGUCCCCUCAGAACCAGUAUUUUUUUUUAUUGAACAGACACUUUUAUCCAAAGCGACAAGUAGUGCAUAUAGAAAGUAGAGCAGAAUGUUAAGGAUCAGAAGUGCGUGGUUCUAAAGGUACUGACCACUGAGUGGUCAGAGUCAACGAACCGUCUGUAUUUACAAGUGAAAACUAACGCCACCUCAGUGGCCAGUAUCACAUAGCAGUACUAUGUUACAUUGCAUUGAGGAAUCUCUGGAGCUGUUAUUCAUACAAACAUACAGUAUAAUUCAUGACAAUAAAGUUUUAUUUUAUUGUGAA